AGAAUAUGUGAUGGCAGCCAAGUACAGUUUUCUCCCAACGGACACAAGUACUCCCGAAAGAUACACAACUAAUUACGAAAAUGUUGAUCUGAUGGAGGAAAACAGAAGGCUACGGACCACCAUAUCUGCUUUAGAGAGGGAGGCCUCAACCACUGUACAUGAUCUGGAAUUUCAACUAUCUAACAAAAAUAACGUCAACAUAUCGCAUGUGAGUGAUGUCGAAGGAAUGCAAGCUACAGUGAGAAGUCUCUAUUCUCUUGUGGUAACACCCGUCAACGAACACAUAAAUCGUGAGAUCAGAGUGGAAGAUUACCCGAUCCUGAGCGACACGGAAGUUUACGCGAUACACGACGCGCGCAAGGUGCUUCACGACAAAGUGACCCACGCCGCGGAUGAGAUACAGAACCUUAACGAUGCCAAUGAAGAGUCGGAGAUGAGGCUGAACAUGGAGAAAAAGUCAAAGCAGCAGUCUUUAUCACAGAUAUCAGAGCUACAGGAGUGUAUAGCUAAUCUACAGGGACAGUUAAAAGAAGCUCAAGUUGCUACAGACAUGCAGAUAUCCCAACAACGAGCUGAUCUGUACCAGAGAGAGAUGACCAGCACCACUGAAGGAAGAGGUGAAAUAGACAGACUAAAAACUAGACUUGCUGCUUCUGAGGACGAGGUUAACAUUUUCAAGGAGAAGUUGUCUGCUCAAGAAAAGAGAUUUGUUACAGUUGCAGCAGAACGGGAUGAUUUGCUAUCUAAAGUACAGAGACCAGAGAGCAAAAGUAUUGAUUAUCAUGAUCUUGAAAUUCAGCUGAAGAAGUACCAGCGUAGUACCCGAGAUCUUGAAACUGAGAUAAGUGAAGCGGAGACGCGCUACUCGCACGUGCAAAGCAUGCUACAAAAAUGUGAGAACGAUUUGGCUCGGGCGUUACCCAGCACUCAUCCUUCAGCAACAGUGACCACCCUCGUUGAAAAGGCGUGUGAGUUGAUAAGAACAUCGGAGGACAGGAUAUCUGACACAGAGAUACAGUUAUCAGAGGCAAAUAGAUACAUCGAAAAGCUCAAGAUACAAAUAGAAAAAGAAACGCAAUACAACAGCGAAGAGAAAACUAAAAGCGAAGAGGCACAACAUUUGAAACUACAAAACAACUUUUUGAACGAAGAGGUAACACAGAAAGCAAUAGACCUGGAGCGAUACAAGACUCGUGAAGAUGAGCUCAGGGUGGAGGACUCCAUCAAGGAGGGCAUGAUUAUCAGUCUGAAGGAAGAGAACAAGGCAUUUGCUCUUAAGUUAGCUGAGAUUCAGGAGAAAGAAACUCGCAGUUCAAAUGAACUGUUCGCUGUUCGAUGUCAACGCGAUGCAUUCGAAUCUCAGCUCAAAACAAGGGACGGUACGAUAGAAAACCUUAGGCAGCAACACCAACAGCAGCUUCAGAAGAUAUCAGGUCUGGAAGCUCAACUGUCUAGACUCCAAUACGAGCUCUCAGACCUCGACACGACAAAAACCGACCAAGUCCACCGACAAGAAGGGGUGCUGGCUCGGUGCCAGACUGAGUUAGCAGCACUCAACAACAAAUACAACAUCGCUCUCAGAGAGUGUCAAGCAAAGGAAGAUCAGUUGCUGGAGGAAGAAGGACGAGUGCAGUGUUUGAACCGAGAGCUUGUGCAACACCAGAAGAGCUUGUCAGUUCUACAGUCAAAACUACAGGAGGAUAAACAAAACACUGACCUCGAGGUCAGCAUACUGAAGCAAGACAAAACGUCAACCUCGGAGAAACUUCGUUCCCUCGGUGAACAGCUUGCUCGCUCCCAAGAGUCACUAAGAGUAUCAGAAGAACAUCUAUCAGCAGCUAGAAGACAGCAGAAGGUAGCCACCAACUCUCUCCACGAACUUGAGAGCAAGAACAGCACUCUACAGGCAGAUAACAAGAGGCUAUCCAGCGACUUUUCUCGACUGCAAGACCGUCUCUCUGACUCCCGGCAAGAAACCGAAGAUUUGCGAAAAACUGAAGCACGAAAAGAUGACUUGAUUUCCACCCAAGAGACACAGAUCCUUCACCUGAAAUCAGAACUAAACGAAAACAAGAACUCCAACCAAACCAAGGAAACAGCCCUGAACAAUAUGUUACUCGAUCUGGAAAAGACAAAGGAGGAUCUGAUCCGAAACGUGGCGCAGAGUCAGAAUUUACUUGCUGACAACGAGAGUUUAAAGCUACAGAUAGAGGAAAGUAGACGAGAGUGUGAUAUGCUAGCGGACGAUGUCAGUCUACACCAGGAGACUAUUGAGAGACUUAACAAGGACAUUGAGAUCAGGGACACCGCCGUACUGCAUCUUAGGGAGGAUAUCGGAUAUAAGGACUCCGAGUUAAACUCCGCUGGAGAUACCAUCACAAGAUAUGAAGGGCAGAUUGAGGGGAUUGAGGACGAGCUUAAAUCUCUUCAAACUCGGAUAAAGUCCGCUAAACUUGAUCACGACGACGAAAUUUUCAAGAUAAGAGAUGAAAUGAACCAGAUCAAACUGCAGUAUCAGCAGGAGGUGCGGAAAUCAGAUGGAUACAGUGGGGAGAUCGUGGAGAUGAAUAAAGUUAUUGACGAGUAUGUUCAACAGAUUGAGAAAUCAACUCGACAGUGCGAGGUGGCUCACCAGGAGCUGGAUAAAAAGAGAGCUGAGAUGUCGGAGAUGAGGCGGAGUAACGGUGAUAAGGUGGCUGGUUUGGAGACGGAACUGAUGGAACUGACAGGGAAAGUAGCUCAAGGUAAGGAGAGAAUGAUGGAAUUGGAGAGACAGGAAAAGGAAUUGAGACUAGAGAUCGAGACGUUGAAGGAGAUGGUGAAGAAAGGUGAACUGACUUUAGCGGGGGAAGAAGAAUCCCAUGAAAGGGAAUUAGCAAAGUUGAAGCGAGAACUUAAGAGUAUAGAAACACAGCUGAACAAUGCGAGAAAAAACCUUGACAACGUUACUUUUACCCUCAAAGAAUCCCAAGCCUACCUAGCAGAACAAUCAGAAAAACACCACAAAGACGUAGCCUCCUUUAACACAGAACUAGACCACAAGAUACGUGAAAUAGAGCACUUGCACCGCCGCCUAACCAUGCUGGAGGGUGAACUGUCUGACUCUAAAACAAGACAGCGGGAGAUAAGUGAGACGCUGGUGAGCGCUCAGGAACGACACCGAGAGGUUGAGACAAUGUUGUCGGAUCAGAUCGAGAAGCUGCAGGGUUUGUACGCUGUGAAGGAGCAACAGGUUGAUGAUUUGAACGAACAAAUGACCGUGCAGAUAGACCACCUGUUGGAGCAGAAACAUGAGGCGCUGAGCGCGCGCGACGAGCUUGGUGCGAUUGUGGAGAGAAUGAGGAGUGAGGCGCAGGAGAGUAGAGGUGUUAUUGAGAGGCAGGUUGCGCAGCUAAAAGAGGCAGGAGCACAAUCAGAGGUAAUACAGGAGCUGGAAGAUAAACUGUCUGCAAAAAACAAAAUUGUGCGAGAUUUGGAACUUACAAAAACAGAUUUGAGCAAGAAAAUAUCGGAGGUGGAAAAUGAGCUAGAUCGAAGGAAUUCAGAUUAUGAAACUGCUGUAAGCAAUUGCAAAGACUUCAGCUCACAGCUACAAAGUCUGAACACAGAACUAGUUAACAACCAACAAACAAUGAGAAAACUGAACGAGGAUUAUCAGAACAAGGUGGAAACACUGAACAAUACCCAGAGAACACUGGCAGAGUGCCAGGAAGAUUCGCACAGGUUAAAGGAGGAGAUACUAUCACAGAAAUCAAUGAUAUCGAGAAGUGAAGACGAUAAACGAGAGCUCAGUAAUCUGCUGGAAGCAUUGCGUGAUACCAACGAAAAGUGUGGGAAACUCAACUCAAAACUUGAGGAGGAGAUUCUUGAUAAGGGUAAAGAUAUCACGGACCUGAGGGAGAAGGUUGAGGAGGGUAAGUCUGACAACAGGGUCAUCACACAAAGACACGACCAGGAGUUAGAGAAGAAUGCGUGGAAUGUUGAGAAGAUUCACGAUCUUCAGACAAAACUAGAGCGGUACAAGUCAAACCUAGAUCAAACUCGGCAUGAAGCUGAAGAAGACGCUCACUCUCUGGAGAGCGAGAUCAGAGAGAAGAUGGGGGAGAUCUCAUCUCUGGAUCAGCAGAACAAGGAGCUGCUGAGCAGGUUGGAUGAGGUCCAGAGCGAGGUGAAGUUGCUGAACGAGGAUAUACAGACCAGAGACUAUAGGAUUGACAAGCUGAACGAGGUAUCGAACACACACCUGAAGACUAUCGAGAGUUUAGCAGAAAAAGGAGAAAACAAGGCAGUUCAAAUAGAGCAGCUCAACAAGGAGGUGGAGGAGGUUCUGGGACAGAGGGACCAAGCUAUCACCGCAAUGAGGUCCUACCAGGAGCAGUGUGAUGGGUUGAGGGGUGAGAUAGCAGCGCAGGAACACAAUGUAUCCGCUCUAAAAGAUCAGAUAUCUGGUCUGGAGCAGGAAAAGUCAGAGAUUUUACAGGAUGCUGAGACUUUGGAUAAGAAUUGUAUUAUAAUUAAGGAACAGGUUGCACAACAGAAGCAGUUAACAAACUAUUUGCACGAAGAGCUGGCCCUAGCCAAACAGCAGAAUGAAACCCGGCUUAUGGAGGUGAAACACGGCGAGAUGACCAUCGAGCGACUGGAGAAGUCCAACUCUAAAUUAGGAUCCCAGAUAGAAGAACUAACUGGUCAGUUGGCCAGUAGAGAAAGUGAGAACUACACAUUGUCCAGUAAACAGAAGGAGAGUAGCUUGACACUGGAGAAGAUGGACGAGGACAACAAAUCCCUGAAAUCUCAACUCGAGACUGUCACCUCCUCGCUUUAUUCUAAGGAGCGCCAGUUGAUAGAAAGUCUAUCAGAAAGUGAGAAGUUAACAACUCGUUUGGACGAACUUAAUAAACAGCUAAAGUCAUCCAAACACACCAUCACUGAUAGCAAUGACAAGAUGGCAGCAGAUAGCAAGACGAUCCACUCUCUUGAAGAAGCAAUAUCACUCUCCCAACAGAGAUGCAGUGAUAUCCAGGAAGAGAACAAAAGAUCGGCUGCCUCUUUGGAGACGACCCAGAAUAAGAUGCUGGAAGCACAACGCGAGCUAGGGGCUUUGAGACAGACGUUAACUCAAAAAGAUUAUCUUAUUGAGAGUUUGGAAUCCAAGACUCAGAAGUUUGAGGAAAACAUUGGCUUGCUGGAAAGUAAGGCAAAAUCUCGAAACGAGGACAUCCUCUCACUGGAAUCAGACCUGGUGUCACACAAGGACACCAUCACGACCAAAGAACUAGCUCUGAACAAGAUACAGAUCGACAACGAGAGCUGUGUCAUGAGAUUGGAGUCCGCAUUAAAUGAUAAAAAUCGGGACAUAGAGAUUCUGAUGAAGAAGUUGGAGUUGAGUGAUACUAAGGUUGAGGAGCUGACCCGGGAAGUCAGUGGGGCUACAUCCCAACUCUCCCUGACACGUGACGAACUCAAAUCAGCCGAGUACAAGCUGGCUAACUCCCUUCAUCAGAUCAGUGAUAUGAAGGAGACACAGGAAAGAAGAGAUGCUGACACACGAGCCCUUCAAAAGGAUUUAAUGGAGUAUAAGGAGCAAAUGAAGAACAGCUUGGAAGAGGAGUUAAAGAGAUCCCGUAAUCUGACGACAUUAGGAGCUGACUACGACUCCUUGAAGAGGAAGUAUCAGGACGCUCUAAUGGCUCUGAGCCAGCAGCAGAAGGAGCUGGAACGGUCCAAACUCGAGAUGGAACACACGGUCACUAAAUGUGAGCGGGAAAAAGGUGACCUGUUGGAGGAGUACAAGGAGCUGGAGUCUGAUUACGAUGAGUUGGACAAAGUAAACAGGAAACUGAACAAGGAGCUAACUGACCAUAUGGCUACCAUCCGGACGCUGGAUGACACAGUUAACAGAACCUCGUUAGACUUAAAGAGAUCACUGGAGGACCUUGUUUCGAAGAAAGGAAGGAUCACCGAACUGGAGGCUCUACUUUCAGGUAUCAAAGAAACUUACAAUACCUUGAAUAGCCGGGCAUGUGAACAGGACAAAACGCUGAAAUCUCAAAAAGAACUUAUCUCUGAUCUCGAAGAGAAAUGCGCGCGACUGAAUAAUCAGGUUCUUGAACUGACAAGCACAAAUGAGGAGUUAAGGGACUUGUUGAAGAACAAAGACACUUCUCUCAUGAAAAUAUCCGGUGAUUUGUCGAUAGCAGAAGUGAAACUGACUCAAGUAUCAGAGACACUGACAGCUGCAGAACAAAGACUUGCUGAAUCCCGAGGCACAAACAAGGGUUUAGACUCACAGGUGGAAUCAUUGUCGGUAAAAUUGAAGCACUCCAAUUCGGAACUCGACGCGAAAACCAAUGCAGUUCGCACGCUUGAGAGAAAGAACGUGGAGAGCACAUAUACAAUAGAGUCACUGGGUGACAAGGUGACAGAGUUUGAACAGAAGAAUGCGGUGCUAUCAGAGGAGGUUACCAGACUUCACACUGAGUUCUCUAGAGCACAAGGUUCGGCAAAUGCCAAAUCAGAACAGAACCAACAGCUUGAGAUAGAGGUCCAGACCGGGAAAGAUGCUCUUAACGAAAUGGUGGAGAGGAAUUUAGCUCUGGAGAGUACGCUGAGCGCCAUCCAGAAAGGUUUAAAUGCUGCUCAGACUGAUAAUCGUGACCUAGAGGCUAGACUAGGCAACCUCAAGGAGCUGCAUGAGGAUAUAAGUGAGAGACUGUCCAAAUCUCAACGUACGUGCGAGGACUUGACAGACUGCCUAAAGGACAAAGAUACUCAAAUUGACAGCCACCUCAAAGAAAUAGCUUCUCUCGGUGAUCAAAUAGAGGAUCUUUCGGUGUCGGUGACGCACAGCCGAAAGCUUUACGAAGCAUUACUAGCAGACAAGAGCUCUAUAGAGGAGGAGAACUCUAUCCUGUUGAACAAUAACACCAGCUUGAAGGAGGAACAAAGGACACUAGAGCUGGAGUUGGUGGUUGCUAAGAAGGAUAUCGACAGACUGAAAGAGCAGCGAGCCUCCGCUGAGUUAGAGGUAGAUGAGCUGAGGGUGAGGUGUGAGCACCUGGCACAAGACAUUGCGUCACGUGAGGAACAGAUACACCAGGGACAGCUCCACGCUGCCGAGAUUGAGAGGAGCAUCAAGUUCAAGGAGCAAGAGCUUAGUAGUGUUCAACAGAAGCUGAGUAACGCCCUCUGUGGAGCUGACGACCUCAAACAAGAAUAUGAGACCAUUUCCACGGAGCUCAGCACAACUAAGUUUGCUCUGGAAACAGCCGACAAUAAGGUUAAGGAAGGAGAAGAUCUGAUAGCCAGACAACAGAUACAGAUAACACACCUAAACAAGAUGGUGGAUGAUGCGGCGGCAAAGUACAGUGACUGCCAAGAUCAGAUCCACAAGCUAGACGACACAACAGAUGAGUUAAAACGCCUAAACACGUGUCUGAACGAGGAGAACUCCUCGCUACAGUUAGCUCACGAGACAGCUAAAAAAGAGAUAGAGAUGUUGGAACAGGAGCAGGAGCAGAAUACUGGGGAUUUACAGAACCUCAGGGCUCACCUGGAGACCACCACGACUCAGCUUGAAUCAAGUGAAGAUCUGAUAGAAAGAUACGAGUCAGAGAUAGUAUCUUUUGAAGAGAAGUUAACAACGAUUACAGACGAGAGUAGGUCAACUCAGGAUCUUUUAAAGCAAUCUCAGUUUGCCCUGGAGGAAUUAGGAACCGAUUUGUUGAGUUGCACAGAAUUUCUCCUCCACGCUGACAAACGAACCCGGGCACUGCUUCAGGAUCCUAAAGUUUCUUUGAAAGCGAAAUGUGAAAUCCUUACUUCGUCUUUAGACAAGCAGUGUGAUGAAAUUAAGGACCUGGAGAAGGUUAAGAGUGAUGCAAAAAAGCAGAUGGAGGACCAGAAUUUGAUGCUGACCCAGCAGAGUGAACAACUCCGACAUCUCCACGAGGAGAAACAGAUAGCUCAACAGUUGGUGGAGAAGUUCCAGCACAAUAUGGCCGACCUGGAGAACUCGGUUAGUACUCUGAAAGAAAGUUUGGCUGUAAAAACAGCUACGCUAGCGAACGCUGAACAAUUACUCCAAGAAACAAAAGCCAACUUGGAAGCUUCCUCUUCUUCAGGAGAUGAACUCGCACUCCAGAAUGACAAGUUGACUAUCACUCUGGAGAAGUGCACCAAAGAGUUGGAAGAAGCACAGAAAGAGCUGGAAGGAAAAUCUCUGGCAAUAUCAGAACUCAGCCAACAACGCAAGAUAUUAGAGAACAAGGGAGAAUCACUGAAGGGCGAUGUCGAGCAGCUUUCUCUGGAACUGGACGAAAUGUCUCAGAGAUUUAAGGAGACUCAGUAUCAGCUCGAAAACCGAACAGAGACAUUACAAGAUACUCUCGAUAAGUUAGAAACAACAACUGAACACUACGACAACACUAAACACACCUUGCAGUGCACUUUGGUUCAGGUUGAGGAUCUGACUGGACAGCUUGGUAGAUUGCACCAGGAACAGGCUGAGUUAAAAUCAGAGUACUCGUCCACCACAAAGACCCUCAAGUCUACGGAGGAGAAACUAACGACCACCUCCAACAAACUUUCUAUUGUAGAGGGAGAGCUAAGCGACAGGUUAGAAGAAAUGGCAAGGAUCCAAGCCGACUACGCAGCCUUGCAGAAAGACUUUAAGAAACGCUGUGAAGAGAUCCUGAACAAAGAACGCAAGGUCUUGCAACUAGAUACAGAGUUAGCUAAUGUGACGCAGUCACUGGCCCACAAAACCAAAGAGGUGAUUGGGAACGAGAAGGAGAUCCUCCACCUCUCCUCAGAUCUCAGCUCCACACGUGACCACUGCAGAGUUGCUGAGGAGGAACUGAAGAAUAGAAAGGGAGAGCUCGAGCAGACGAAACGACACCUCUUCGAAGCAAAGGAGGAGUUAUCUCUGCAGGCCCGCAAGAUUAAGAGAGAUAGUGAGAUCUUGCAACAAAAGGAAUGCGAUCUGAAGACAGCUACUGAGGAGCUUGCUAUUGCUACCGCUGAGAACGCCCAAAAGAGGGAUCAGAUAAGAGGCCUCGAGGGACAGGUGAGAGAGUUAACGAGGCAGUUAGCGACCAAGACAGAAGAAGGGGACCUGCAAAAGGACCAGGUUGAACACCAAGUAGCGGAGGUAGAGCGUCUGAGUCAGGAAAUUGGCAAGAAGAACAAGAUGAUAUCUGGUCUCCGAGAUGAGAUCAGGGAUAACAGCAAUCUCCAGAAGUCUCAGAGCGAGUCGAUAGACACCUUCAAGGAGGAGAUCAGGUCAGGUGCUUGUACCCUGGCUCAGACUAGAGACGAAUUAGCGCUGGCGUCUGACAAAGUAUCGGUUUUGGAGAGUGAUGUUAAGAACAAGAAGGAAACUAUCGAAGAUUUGAAGGUUCAGAUAGAUACCGUGAUUGAGGAAAGGAAUAGAGUGCAGGGAGAGCGGGACAGUUUGGAGAACCAGUGUAACGUGGUCUCAGAAGAUCUGAGGGGACUGGACGAGGACUACCAGGACAAAUGUACAGAGAUACAGAAACUGAGGGAGGAUGUUGUGAGGUUGCAGACCAUGCACCAGGAACAGAGGGACCGCUUGCAGGAGAAACACACAGAGAUUACCCGGCUGGAAGGAGAUCUAAUUAAGAACGAGGAGGAGAUAGUAUCUCUGAAACAGUCCCUGGUAGACAAGAAGGACACUAUCACCUCUAAAGAGUCUGAGAUACUUCAGAUAAAAACUGAGAUGAAUCACCAAGGAGAACAACACAAAGCAUUUGUUCAGGACUCUUUCAAGCACAUGGAGGACGAGCUACAUUCGUCCCAACAACAAUAUCGUCAGUGUUUGGAUGAGUUGGAACAGUUUGAGAGAAAGAUUCAUGAGCUGGAGCGGGAGAUUGCCCAAGGCAAGGAACAAAACGUCAAAUAUUCUAGAGACGUAGAGGACAGAGACUCGCUGAUCGCGCAGUUGAAGCGCGAGCUUGACACGUGCAAUAACAAAUACGUAGAAGCCCAGAUCGGGACAGCUAACUUGGAGAAGAAGCUGCACAAUGCGGACAAUGAGAUUGCAGCUCUCGCUGAGCUCAAGAAGAGCAAGUCCCUGCAGCUUGAUAAUCAAGAAAGGGUACUGAGGGACACCGACGGCAGACUUCUCGCAACCCAAGCAUCUCUGAAGAAGAUAGAGCUGGAACAUGCCAAGUUGCAGGCAAACCAUCAUCAGCUUAAAAAGGAGUUCCAUUUGUAUCGAGAACACAGCAAGAACGCACGACACACCUCCGCAAGUGAACUGAAGCUAGCACAGGAGAAGUUAAAGAACAACUACGCAAUGUUGGAACAGAGUGAAAACACAAACAAAGCCAUACAAAAUGAACUGAAGUUAUCUCAAACCGAAAACAACGAUCUCAAAGUAAAGAAUGAUAAGAUUGAGAGCACGUGCGAGAGAAGACAACAAGACUUGGAGAAGAUAAGAGCUCAACACAGACACGCGGAAGAUGAGCGAGACAAGCUCAACAUCAAGAACCAGGACUCAGACGGACAGUUAGCGGACUACAAGAAGAGAUAUGAGUAUGCUAUGGACGAGAUAACUCAGGCUAAUAAGGCUACUGAGGAGUUACGAGCGGAGAUGUUAGCGACUCAGGACAAGAUAAAGAAGUACUCCUUACAAAUGGAGGAGAAAGACGUUGCCAUCAAGCAACUAAAAAGUAGAUUGCUAAGAAGCGAAGAAGAUCACUUCAAAACUUUGGAAGAGAGUGCCACUAAAGACGAGAUGGUACGGAAGCUGAAGAACCAGCUGAACCACGCGGAAACCAUCUCAGAUAAGCUGACUGACGAGAACAAAGAAAAGUUUGAAAAAUUAGAAGAGCAAGAUCAGAAGAUCUCAGCAGUCUGCAGCGAUAACCAGCACCUCUCCGAACAGGUUGAGAAGCAAGAGACACUUUUAAAACACAUGGAUAAGGAACUGCAGGAGCUACAUGCGACUCAUAAACAAGCAGUGGACGAUCUCAAUCUGAUUACGGAUAAAAAGUCAAUUUUGGAGAAAAAGAUUGACGAGCUCAGUUCUAAGCUUGGAGAGGCUCUUACUUCAAUAAAGAAGAAGGAUGAGUCCAUCAUGGAGUUGCAAGGCAAAGCAAGGGACCUGAAGAAACUGGUGGUUAGUCACCAACAUGAAGCAGAUCUAAAACAGCAGCAACUCUCCGCAAAGCUGAAGGCAAUGGAAGGUAAGCACAAGUCAGCGGUGGGCGAAUUAGCUGAUCACUUGGAACAAUGUAGAAGACUCCAGAAGGCGCUGGGAGAAUCAGAGGAAAAGCGUGCAGUGGCUGAAAAGAGCGGGAAACUAUCUGCAACGACACUUGAUACAAUCAGAUCUGAGAUGGAGCUGUUAAAGACCAAACUAACUUCUGUGCUGGAUGAACUGGAAGAAAAGAAUAGUAGAAUCACAACCCUCCAUAACGAACUAAGCGUUGCUAAUGACAAACACAGACGUGCCAUCGUCGAGGUAACGGCGUGCGAGGAAGCGGUCGCUAAGAUGAAGGCAGACAUCCACGCGAAGAGUAAGAUGCGCCAGGAAGAAUUGUCAAGGUUACGGGAACAGCUGAGCUGCAGUGAGAAACAGCAGUGCCACACUGAAGAGCAGCUUACUGUCGAGAGGAACAAGAUUCUUAAACUCCAGGAUGCAUUGGAGAGAAACCUUCACGAGUUGAAGGAGAAAGAGAAGACACUAUCAAAACAGAAUGAGAUAGUUGAAGCUAUAGAGCGAGCUAACGCGCAUCUUAAUGAGGAAUGCAUGCGGAAUAAGGAGAAACUUGCUCAGAGUCAGGGUCGACUAAGCCACGCUGCAGAAGAUGUGGGCUCCAUGAAGGAGAACCUAAAAGGUGCACAACACAAGUAUAAGCUAGCCGAGGAGGAGAUUUCAACUAUGAGACAAGCGCUUAGUGAGGCUAGAGAUACCAUAUCCAGGAUAACACGCGACAGUGAAAGCAUGACGACUAAAUCUAACGCGUGGAUGCAAGCUAAAGCAGAGGAUAUAAGCAGCCUACAGGAGAAGUACCGAGAGGCUAACCGAGUCGCCAGUGCUCUGCGGAGUGAGAAGAGGUGUUUGGUGGAGGCCACGGACCUUCUUCAGAGCACCAACGCCCAACUUAAAGCUAAUCUUGAAGCGAACAAGUUUGAGAUAGAACGAUACAAUCAGUUGCAAGUUAAAUGCACGCAACAGGAAGGCUUCAUAGAUCAGCUGGAGAAUAGACUAGCUAAACACGGCAUGUCCAAAUCUGAUCAGGACAGAGAAAUAGCAAAACAAAUGGGAGUUAUUAGAGACCUGCACAACAGACUUCAAUCCCACAUGGACACUAUGCAGGAUCUCAACAGACAGCUGUCAACUCUGAAUCAAGAGAACUACAGACUUAAGUCGACCCUUGAGAAGGAGUCACUGUUAAAGAGGUCACUGGAAGAAGAGUUGGACAAAUUAAAAGAAUACGCCGAGAUGUGUUCAGGCAGUACCUCUCCGAAUCGGAUCCGACCCAAGACAAGAGCAGAAAAACCGAGUUCAGAAGCGGAAAAAGUAGACAAAGACGAGUUCUGGAUGGGCAGAGUUAGCGAAUUACAAGCAGACAGCGCUCAUUGGGCAGAGAGAGUCCGGGACUUAACCUGUGAACUUAACGAACUAAAGAGAAACCGGAACAGGUCGCUAAUUAAAUAGUGGCUCACUUCCUUUCCCUGAACUGAAAUCUCGAACCCUGAAGCGUAAUAUGUCUGAAGUCGUGAAAUACAGUUGAUUUUGGUGAGGAACCUGUCACUGCUAAUCUCGCUAAUGAACUACAUAGUCCCUGUCUGCUAGUAUGUAUUACUAUUUAAUGUGACAGUGUUUUUACUGGCUGACUGCUGAUCUGUCUCGGACACUUUGCUUACUCGCUUGAGAGUAAACUUUUAGGGCGUCGGACUACAAAUGUUUGAUGUUCUUGAUUUAUUUGAUAUUUACAGAUUGAUUUGCAGAUUUGGGUAAGCUUCGGGUUAUCACUGUAUGAUUUUAGUGUAUUUUAUUAAGUUAUUAGAUUGAUUAUAUUUGUUCACUUGUAUGUUUUAUGCGUGAGCUGUGCUGAGGCUAUUAUGAUAUUUAUUUUUGUACAGGUUUUCAGUUUUGUACGA